AUGGCGGGUGCGGGAGAACCCAACGCAUCAGAGGCGGCAGGGGGCGGGGGAGCGACAGGAGUGGGAUUUCAAGCAGACGGUUUCGACUGCAACAGGCUGCCGGAAGCAAUUCCGCAGUGGCUGCCGGGAUUCGUCAGGUGGGCCCCCAUUACCCCGCCCCUUCCCGCUAUGUCGGAAGAGAAUCGAAAUCGAAAAUUGGUUAGAGCUCGGAAAAAGCUGAAGGAAUUCCAAAAGAAGAGAACGAGUGCUCUCUCACCUGGAGCGAAGGACACCAAAAACAUCAAAAAUGGUGGUAGCCCCAAAAGAACAACUUUGGGUGGCUGCAGUACUCCAGAGAUUCAGGAUAUUCUGAAGGUGCUGGUGUCCAACUUUAACUGUUCUAAUGGGGUAGUGUUAUCCGCACUGGACAAGUGGAAGGAUAAAAAAGAAUUUGAAACUAAAAUUGCUCAAGAGGAAGGUUGUCUUCGCCAUCAAUUAGAGGUCCACAUUCAAACAAUCGGCAUACUCAUAUCAGAGAAAUCGGACUUACGGUCUGCUCUUUACCAUACUCAGAAUGCUGUAAAGGCGAAGACAGGAGAACUCGAGGAUGUUGCUGCACAUUUAAAAGCUUCGCAGCAGCGCGUUGAAAAACUUGAGCGUGCAAUCUCUGCAGUUGCGAAAGAGAAGAACAUACUUAACAAGUACAAAAAAGAACUACUUAAAGAAAGAGACAGCCUGCUGGUGCAGGUUCUUAAGCAGAGCUGUACAAAUGAGACACUAACUAAAAAGAACGUGGAGUUAGAAAGAGAAUUACAAACCGUUGAGAAUGAUCUGAAGACUCUACGGGAGGAGCUAGAUGCUCCAGAGUGUAAAAUCCAGCAGGUGCUUAACCUUAAGGAAGAAAAAGAACUCUCCUUGGCUAAAAUUCAAGAACUGGAAUCCCAGUUGACUGUAUUAAAAGAGGAGAAAGCUUUUCACUCACCUGAUAAUCCUCCUUCAGGGUCACUGAAGAAUGAAGAACGUCUCCAUGCUGAGCUAGAUUGUCUAAAGAAGCAACUUAGUGAUCAGAGAAAUGACUAUGAAAUGAUGAUACUACAGUACCAGAGCCGAGAACACCAUCUCCAUGAACUUGAACAUGUUGAAGAACGAUGGCGGGAGCUCGAGUCUUUGAGGCCUGCAAUUCUCGAGACGUUAGAGGCUAGCCAGAACGGAGAUUUGAAAGAUCAGUUAAAAGAAUUGCAAGAGAGUUUUGUCAAACUGACAAAUGAUAAGCUGGAACUGACCAAUACGCUUCAGGCGGAACAGCAUAUUAAAAAGGAACUUACCAAGAAAAUAGAUGAGCUCCAGAAAAACGUGGAGGAGCUCAAAAAAAUGGUCAAAACUAAAAAUACCCAAGUGGAAAAUCUACAGGAGGAAAGAGACCUGUAUUAUCGUUACCUACAACUAUAUAUAGUAACUUACCAGCAAUAUGCAGUAUUAUAUCAACAUCUUAUUUCUGAUCAGGGCACCCUGCAUAAAAUAAACCAAGAGCUUCAGCGGACCCAAGAAAAAUUAGCAACUGUAGAGGAGAGGAACCAACAACUGGAGGCCCAAAUAAGAGACCUGGCGAUCCCUAGAGAAGGAGAAGAUAUGCUGGUAAAGGAUGCGGAUGUUGCCCCGUCAGUGCUCAACAGCCAAGGUGCCCUGGCAGUUAUGUCUCAGAAAGAACAGGCCCAGCAUGGGGGGCAAGAGCCUGACGUGGAGGUCAGAGAUAGACCAAACCCUGAACCCUCACCUUCAGAAGUAAAAGACAACGUUCUUGGAGAGAAGUACCGAGUCCUGCAGGAAGCAAUGGAAAAACUUCAAGGACGAUUUAUAGAUGUGAUGAAAGACAAAGUAGAACUACAAGAGAGACUGGAAUAUUUGGAACAUCGCUGCAUCCAGCUGCCUGGGAAAAGUGCUUCUAUUGGAGACUAUGCUGCCCUUUACCUUAACAAUAGGGCACAACUAAAAGAGCAUCACCAGGCUAAGGAAGAGGGCAUUGGCCCUGUAGCUCAACAUAAAGAUGAUGUAAAGAAGUAA